AUGCUUUUGUUUUUGUUAGCUAGGGAUAAGAAAUUGUGUCCUGCAUGUUUAAAAUUUCCAAAUAAAAUAGAGGAUUUAGAAAAUCGGCAAAAAAUAAUCGAUAACCUAAAAAUCAUGGAAGAAAAUUUGAAAAUGCUUGAACUAAAAAGGCAAUUGAAAAGGAACAAUUCAUUGUGGCAAAAACCAGACCGAACUUCACCAAUGUUGCUCGAAGCUCCAACUGGGAGCGGUAAAACUUUCAUAGCUUCACUUUUUAUCAAAGCAAUUAAAAAAUUAGUUACUAAUGAUGCUAAAAACCGAAAGUUACGUAAUUCUGAAAAUAAGUAUUUUGAAAAUUGUUUAACCCAAACAAGACUUUCUAACCAAGAAAUUAUUUUAAUAAUUGAUGAAGCCCAUAAAAAUAAAGAUACUCAAUUAGCAAAAAAAGUUAUUAACCUAAUUGACCCAAAAAUAAUUUUCUACAUUACCGCCACCCCUAAACACAGAGACAAAACAAAAUCUCUUCAAACCUAUUAUCGAAUACCUUUCCAAGAAGUUGCUGAACAAGGUUUAAUAAAAGAAACCAUUAUUACUCCAAAAAAUCAAAUAGCAUUAAAAGGUUCAGAAUUAGAUUUAACUUUAUUAAAAAUGGGAGUAAUAAAGCGGGAAGAACUAAAAACUGAAUAUCAGUUACUAAAAAAAGAUAUAAAUCCUCUUUUACUUAUCCAACUACCAGAUGACACAAAAGGACAAAUAGAAUGA